CUACCGACACAUCCCAUCCUCCUCCGUUCUACGACUCCCGCGACGCUUCUAGAAAACACUAGGCGCUCCAUCCACACCAACCACACCCCACCGCAAUGCCCAGAGGUCCCCCCAAUGUCGGAAGGGCGACGGGUUCACCCACACCCCCCGCUGGCGGAUCCCCCCGCCGCCUGCCCGCCCGCGCGCCAAGAAUUCCAUUCACCUCCCCCCACGCUGCCAGGAGCUCUGCCCGGCCCCCGGGUGCCGAACGACCACCAGGUUCACCCGUGUCUGCCGCCGGCGGAUGCCCCCCUCCCCCGGUGGCUAGGAGCUCCAUUCGUGCUGCCGUCGUGUGCUGCUGGGCGUCUCCCCCAAUGGUGUUACAGCAUGGGCAUUAGAGCACUCAAUGACGGACGGGGAGCUACUCUGGCGCGCAUCGUUCACCCCGGCAGUACCUAUUCUGACGCGUAUGGUAGGUGGCCAUCAUGUUCCUCACGCAAGGGCAGGUGCAACUCGGGAGGUGCCUCACUACUGCAUCUACGUCCACACGCUAUCGGCCAAUUUCACCUUCAAAUCCAUCUUCCCCCAACGCCAAAUACCCAGUAAGGCUAGGCCACAUCUCUAUCAUAUAUGAAAGCCGGUUUUGUCUGUCAUACACUUUCGUUAUGAAAAUGUGUGUAGCCUCCAAAAAAGCCCUUCACAGGCCUGAUAAAUCAAGGAUUGAUAUUAUGAGAGAAAUAGGUGCCACAAUUUCUAGUAGAAUUUCUACAUGUUCAUGAAUGAUUUUAUUGUUGCUAAUGAAUGUUGUAAUAGAUUGAGUAUACUGCAAUAGAGACAACGAAGGCAGAUGGGUUUUUGCAGACUCAGACUCAAGUUUGAUUGAUUGCUAUUUGCUACCAACAAAAAAUAGCUACACACAGGUUCUGCGUUGCCUUGCAUUCAAAGCAUUUUUUAUUUUAUUGUAAAGAAUUUGUUGUUAUUUAAACUUGAUAGGUCUUGACAAGAAAGUUCUAUUGUACUUCAUAUUUGUAUAUAUGAUCAACAUCUCUAUGUGCA